GCUGCCGGCAUGGCCUCCCCCUGCUCUGGGGACCCCAGCCCCACAGGCCUGCCCCCCUCACGGGCCACUCCAGGUGAGACCCACGGUCCCGCGGCGCCCCCGCGCUUCCCGGACAUCUACGGCGGGGACGCGGGGCGCUGGGCCGCGCACUUCCGCGGCAUCGGGCGCGCCUACCGCGCGCUGGGCAAGGACGACGACUUCGCCAUCCGCGUGCUGACCGAGGACUUCACGCUGCCCUUCCCGUUCGCCUGGCCGGCCGGGCCGGACCCCGCGCGCGGGCCGCUCUUCUACGACCCCCGGGACCGCGCGGGCUUCGACUUCCUGCUGCGGGGCCCGCGCGCGCCGCCCCCCGCGCUGCUGCGGCCCCUGCUCGCCACGGCGCGCGCGCAGCGCAAGCGGCGCCUGGAGCGCCUGGCGCGCAGCCUCGCGGGGCCCCCGGCCGGGCUCGUGCUGCUGGCGCCGGGCGGCCUCCCCGCGUCCUUCCACACGCAGGCCGUGGUCCUCCUGGGCUGCUAUCUUGACGUGACGGCUGCUCUCCCGGUGCCACCGGCACCCUAA